AGGGCUGUUUGGCUUCAAUAAAUAAGUUCAAGUAAUCAGAUUCAUUUCUUUCUGUAUGUUUUCUAUUUCAACUGCGAAAGAGAAAGAGCCAAACAUAGAAGAAGAAGAAGAAGAAGAGGAAGAGGAGAAAAAGAGAAAGAGAAUGAGAAAGUGUGAGCUGUGUGAAUGUGUGGCGAGAAUGUAUUGUGAAUCGGACCAAGCUAAUCUGUGCUGGGACUGCGAUGAGAAGGUUCACCGAGCCAAUUUUCUUGUAGCCAAACACUCGAGGAGUCUCUUGUGUCACGUCUGUCAGUCUCUCACGCCGUGGAAAGCCUCAGGCCCGAAGCUUGGCCCGACGGUCUCUGUGUGCGACACGUGCGUCACUUCUGCUCACUGUGAAGCUCAUGAUACUGAACUUGUUAAACCUGAGAAUAAUCAGACCGAAAGAACCACCGGUGAUGAUGAUGAUGAUGUUGAUGAAUAUGAUGAAGAUGAUGAAGAAGAAGAUGAUGAUGAUGAAUAUGAUGAUCUUGAUGAGGAGGAAGAUGAUGAAAAUCAAGUGGUUCCGUGGUCAGGUGAUUCACAGUAUCCUCCUCCUCCUGUAGCGAGUUCUUCAUGUAGUAGUAUCAGUGAAGAAGAAGAGGUUUCAUUGAAACGAGGUCGCGAUUGCGGUGAUUUUUACUCUGAUGAUGAAAUCGGUUGUUCAACUUCUCAACCGUGCUCUAGAGCAGCCGCUAACGAGGAAGCGAACUCUUCUUUGAGCACAUUUAGACCGUUGAAACAAGCAAGAACAACAGCUGAGGAAGAUCGUGGUCAAGCAGACUCAAGAUCAACGACUGUUAUUAGCUCUCUGCACAGACUCCAAAAACAGAUGAUUACAAACGACCGUGACGCCUCCGCCACAAUUCUUGGGAUCUAUCAACUGAGCAGAGAUAAGAACCGUUGA